GAUAUAAAAACAAUAUAGUGAAUAUUGAUAUAGUGCAUGUGUAGUGCAACAAUAUUCUCACAAUCUCAUGUAUAUGAAAUUGUGAAGUGAAUGUCUAAUCAUUAUUUGUGCAAAGUAAAUACUUAUUACAAAGCUCAGCUUACGCACGACGCACACUGACUACUGACAGUUUGCCGAUUGACUUUGCACGUUUUUUAGGAUUUUGAAAUUUUGCAGUUUUUCCCGUACUGCCAACUAGCUUUUGUGAAUGAUUUUGGAAAGUUCAGUGAUUCUUGACUAGUAAACAGUUAUAUAUGUAUUGAUUUAAAAUGCCUUUAGCAAAAAGUAUACUUCAUCCAUCUGCUGUAGAAGAUUUACGAACUCACAAAUUGAAACGACUUGUACCUCGUCCUAAUUCAUAUUUUAUGGAUAUCAAGUGUCCAGGUUGCUACAAGAUUAAAACAGUUUUUAGUCAUGUUCAAGAAAAUGUGAAGUGUGAUGGUUGUUUAAUAGUACUUUGCAGACCAACUGGAGGCAAAGGAAAAUUGUCUGAUGGAUGUUCAUAUCGAAGAAAACACUAAGGAAAUAUUUGUUUUAAAUUCAAAAUUAAUUUUAAACAUAUUGAUAUUUUCAUAAAUAAAAUUAUAUUUUAUUAACA